AAUUUGAAAUACAGCCAAGUCAUUCAAUUUUGUCUUAAAUAUAGCUAAUCUUUAUUUGUCAUCAACAUUUUUCUUCGGUAAUGUCACCGUUACUUAUCUAGAUAAUGUCUAAAAAUACACAUUCUGUCAGGUGAAAUAGUCAUUAUUAAAAAGUCCCUUGCCAGUAAUCAGUGGUGAGUUUACUUAGUGAUUUGUCAGCACCGACACCAACUGAUAGUAAAGGAAAGUCUGGUCUUCCAAGGUGUUCGUCUGAUUCUUUGUAAUGUUCUGUAGAGUUUAUUGUUGUAUGAAAUAUCUGGAAAGUUUGAGACUGAAAUCUUGGCAUGACAAUUUCUGAAUCUCAUUUUAUCAACCAUUAAAACUCUUUGUUAAACUUUUCAAAUCAGAAAACUUAUAAAGAGAAGCAAUCAUUUUCAAUAGAGUGUUGCCUCAAAGGUUGAAAUCCCAAAUCAAUCCUUGACAAGGACAUGUGAUGUCAACAAUUUUAAUUUUUGAUGAUGUUAUACAGUUUUCGUGAAACAAAAGCUUUUACAUUGGAAUCGGAUUUGAUUCAUGCUGAUACUUAUGGAUCAAUGAUAUAAACAGCUUCCUGCGUUAGCGAGGCCAUAUUGAUCCGAUCGUCAGCUGAUGGAGCAUAAAUCUGGCCCCGAAGUUUCACGUCCCUCUGUCUGGGUCCAGAAAAACUUGUCCCUAAAUUUAAACAUGAGUUUCCAUGUCUGGGGAGUUGUAAAAGAGAGAAUGCAAUGCAUUACAAUCACACCUUCACUGUAGUCAGGUAGUGCAGACAUCGUCAUUUACAAGACGCUGGAAAUCCAUUUGUCAUUCUUUUCUGGAGUCGCAGUAAAUUCCUUAUAGAGUAUUUGUGUGUGAUAUCCACACUGUGGAGCUGUGAUGUGAGGGGAAGGGAUUAUAUGGUGAUAUGGAGAUGCUGUGGAAUUUUAUGCUUGGUUUGUCAAGUUUACAGUAAGUUUACCUGUGCACAGGGACAGCGCACGGAGAGAUGACUCAUCACAACAAGGGCUCCAGCAGUCAGCCGUCUACAUCCCCCAUCAGCGGCCAACUACUGUUCUCUUUACUUGCUGGAAUCGUAUAUAUCUACCAAAGGAUUAGAGUGGUGUGUACAAUGAGAUGGUUGUGCUAAAUAGGUCUUAAUGAACAACUGUUUUACAGAAAAUUGCUGUUAUUGCAGUCAUUGAUUUUUGUCCCUGUGUUCAAUAGUGCGCGCUUUAUAAAAAGCAAAGAGCAGCCUUUGACUGCAUUAUUAGCAUCAGACUCCAUGAUUAUGUGUCUUGCAUUACUGUUUGCUCUGUGACGGAUGUUGAACAUUUCUUGCAUGUAGGAUAAUCAAAACUUAUAAUGGGGAACAGCAUUCCACUUUCUGUUUCCUGAGUUCCAUCACUAUGGCAACAGGUAAAAGGGAUGCCCAUACAGUUAAAUCAAAAUCUUCCAAAUCCAAGAAAGCUGGGGUGAUACAGGUCUCCAAAGUGGAGCAUGAAAUCGAUGAGUUCCUUGAGAACUUCCGUCGGAAAAGCUCCACCCUGGAUCAACCACAGAGCACUGAGCUCUGCGACUCGCUCGGACUCCCUCACGCGAGCUACAGUUCUUCCCAGUGUUCCACAGAUGAAUGCACGGACGAGAGUCCAGACAGGGCGUACUUCUUGCCUCAGAAACCUUUCGUGAAGGGUCAUCGGCAUCAACACAGCAAUACUACGAGUGAGUCCGAGUGGGGGCCUGACUGUGAUGAGGAAAUAAGCAAGGAGGAGAGAAUCCAACAACUUAACUCACGAGCCGCGCUCAUAGAGACAGAAACAGCCAAACCUGAGCAAGAGGGUGACUUAAUGGGAGAACAAGAAUGUCCCUACAGUGUGUUAGAUGUAGCCUCCCUGAUACAGUCCCGAUAUGCAUAUAUCACAGGUGGAAAAGCAAAGAAUGGUGCACUAAUUCUAACAUUUCCUGAAAACCCUCAGCACCCACAGAUACCGGACGAGGAGUACCGAAAGUUAAUUCACUUCUUGUGCUGUGUUCCAACAGUAGCCGAGUCUGAGCAAGGCUUCGUGAUCGUGUUGGACCGGAGACAGGCGAGUUGGAACGAUGUCAGGGCCCUGCUACUCAAAAUGUCGGAAUUUUUCCCAAAACACAUCCAAGUUGUAUUCUUACUUCAACCAAAAGGCUUCUUCCAAAGAGCAUUUGCUGACAUGAAGUCCAAGUUUGUGAAAGAGGAACUGGAGUUCAAGGUUGUGCUGUGUAACGAGCCGGCGGAGAUGUUUGAUUAUAUUAGUGAGGACCAGAUAACCACUGAUGUAGGCGGUCAACUCGAGUUUGAUGCCAACGAGUGGACUCAACAUAAAUCUGCAGUGGAGAAGUUUGUGUCCAACACAGAGAAGAUGGCGGCCGCGGUGCAGGUGUUGGUCAAGAAGUAUGAAGAGGUGGAGAUUCCGAACGAUGUCCCGGGGAUGGAAAAACUGAUCCAAGACCACAUCCAGGGCCGGAAGGAAGUCCUUGACGACCUCGCCUCCACGGUCACCCACGGGGAGACCCUGCUCAGCUGUAUCAAGGGGGACAACUCAGAUAUACACUUUGUACAGGCUGUGCAUGUCAGGAACCUAGAAAAGCUUCUUAAGAAACUGGAAGAUAUUAAGACGGAAGUUGACGUGUUUUGGGGCCGACAUGAGAAGAGACUGAAGCAGGCUUUACUGCUACGGAAGUUUGAGGAGGAAUUUAAACUGUACCAGUUUGGAAUGGAGCGGAAACUGGAAUGGCUUCAGAACAAAAUGUCUGACAUUGGGGAUUCCCUCUCAAAAGUAGAGGAACUGUUCCAGGAAUUUGAGGAGUUUGAGCAGCAAGCACAGAAGGACUUGGAGCAGGCAGAUAAGAUGCGCGGGACAGGGGACCAGCUAAUAACCCAGGACAGCUAUGCAGUCGAUUCAAUUCGCCCUAAGUGCAUCGAGCUCCAGCGAAUGUGUGACCAGUACAAAUCACUGCUGAGACGUCGCAGGGAAAUGCUGAACAAGUCACAUGAUCUCCAGGACAGAAUAGAUAAGGCCAACAAGUGGUGCAAUAAAGGGGUGGAGCUUCUGUCUAACCUCCCCCCAGAACACUGCCAUUCGGCCGAGGACACACGGUCGGCCAUCGAGGACAUCGAGAGUUUCAUGUCCACGUCCAAUCAGCUUCGACUGAACAACCCCAAGGAGUUCCGGCAGCUGUUUGAGAGCAUGAUCACUCCCGAAACCAGAACUGUGGUUCAGAAAGUGUUGAAGAAGAUGGAGGAUGUGAACGCAAUGUGUGAGAGGAGACGGCACAGUUUCCAGGCCGACAUCCAUAACCGCCAGCCCUCCAGCGGGCCGGUCCGUGCUGUCCACCCCAAGGACAGAAGCACCACCGACAGGCCGGAAAUCAAAGCCAAGGUCAACAAUGACACUGCCAACAAACCGCUCGAUAUCUACCACAAGUCUGCCAGGUUACGUCCCGAGGCACAGUCUCAUUCUCGAAUGUCUCAUCAGCCGGCGAGUAGUGUCAGUAACAUCUCGGACUCGGGAAGUGAGCAGACUCGUAGCUCGCUGUCCUCCAUGUCUCUUGGAUCCUCCAUAUCAGACAUUGACAUGCUGCUGGCCAAGCGGAGGCAUGUUUUGAAUGAGCUGAUAGAAACAGAGAAAACCUACGUGUCACAACUGGCGGAUAUUGUCCAUGGUUACCAGGAUAAAGUCGAUGAGCCGGAGAUGAGGCAUUUAGUUCCAGACGCAGUCCGCAGCAAAAAGGACAUCCUGUUUGGAAACUUGAAAGACAUUUACAGAUUUCAUAAAGAUAAGUUUUUACAUGAACUAGAGGACUGCCAUGAUGCUCCGGCCAAAGUAGGGCAGUGUUUUACCAAUAGGAAAGAAGAGUUCCACUUAUACAGUGUGUACUGUCAGAAUAAGACUCGGUCAGAGACGCUCAGAAAUCAGGUCGGCGACCAGAACCCCUUCUUUUUGGAAUGCCAGAGAAGGCUUGGUCACAAACUUCCACUGGGAGCUUAUCUCCUGAAGCCUGUACAAAGGAUCACCAAGUACCAGCUGCUAUUAAAGGAGAUGUUACGGUUCAGUGACCAUGACAAGGUCUGCGAGGCCCACCUCCAGGAGGCCCUGGAUUGUAUGUUGGAGGUCGUCCGUUACGUCAAUGACAGCAUGCACCAAGUCUCUAUACAGGGAUUUCCUGGUAACCUGUCGGAGCAGGGAAAGUUGAUCAUGCAGGGGAGUUUCCAGAUGUCCACAGAACACAAGGGCAAGAUGAAGGACCUGCGGUUCAAACCCAUGCAGCGACAAAUGUUCCUCCACCAGAAGUCCAUCCUCCUGUGUAAGCGGCGGGAGGACCUCAACAGUACAGACAAGGUCAUCUACAGCUUCAAGAACCUCCUCAAGUUGUCCCAGGUAGGCUUAACAGAAAAUGUCAAGGGAGAUAAGCGAAAGUUUGAGUUGUGGCUUCGGGGGCGAGAAGAAGUGUAUAUCAUUCAGGCCCCUAGUUUGGCUGUGAAAGAAAUGUGGGUUAAAGAAAUCAAAAGAGUUUUAAUGAACCAGUUUGAUGAAAUCAAAGCAGUCAAUCACAUGCAUCCUGGUAAUACAGGAUAUGAUUACCGUGUCCCGGACCAGGAACCAAGGAACGGACACAGUUCUCACAGGUAUGUAGACAACUGGAGAACACAUAACCACAUGAUAUUCAACAAUAAUGCUCCCACUGUACCCCAAGGGCUGGAGAUGAUGUCCCCCGAGUCCCCACCCCGAGGGACGCGGGAGGACGAGGGGGGCUGGGAUACGGACGAGUUCUCUGAGGGGGAGGAAACCACGUCUCAUCACACCUACUCAACACCUGUCUAUAAACAGCCAGUCUACAUGCAGCAUUUUCGUUCCCUUGGCAACUAUACGGCCAGCGACCCUACAGAGCUGACCUUGUUGGAGGGGGACGUGGUCAAGGUUACAAAGAUGGGGUCCACAGGCUGGUGGUACGCCCAGCACACCAUCACUCAGCAAGAGGGGUGGGUCCCCUCCACUUACAUGGAGCCUGUGACAGAUAACUCUCUCUCCAGUAUCAAUUCGAGUCCCCACGACUACAAAUCAAGUCUAACCAGUGUAUACACUGCUAGUCCUGUCGAUGAAUCCACAGUCUGACAGGAGUUGCUGCCCUUGGAUAUGCUUGGCAACAGCGGUCUCUCAAUACAACCAUGAUUUUCUUUAUUAACUUCCCUGUAGUUUGUGAAGCAAUGUGAGCUAGCUUCUUGAAACAGCAACAUUCCUGGAGCUUGGCUCUAAUCAGAGAAAUUUUAUUUAACUUUAAAAACAUUCCUUGACCUAUGAAAUAUUCAUAGAACAAUGGAACAUUCCUGUAGCUUGGAGCAUUCCUGUGCUUUGGAUCAACCAUGUUUUUAUAUACAAACAAUUAUGUUUAUGAACCAAGUCUUUGAUUUAUCCACAAUAGAGCUGCUGUUUGUGAGUUGGGAGGACCCGGGUUGUUGAUGAUCUGAGUGACAUUUAUAAGGAGGCUGCGUUUGAUCUCCAGUUUCCAUGGAGAUUAAAUGGGGAGCCUCCUGUUCUUCUAGUCUUACAAUUUUUGUCUGCAAUAAUCUCUUGCUGUUAUGGAUGGAGAUAAUCUUAUUAAUCUCAUGUCUGUUUGGAAGGAAGUCCUUCCUACUGUUUAUCUUAUUUUCAUCAUAUAAACAGCAUUCCACAAUUUAUUUAUUUAUAGAAUUUUACCUCUGUUAAGAUAACCAAUGUUAUACAUUAUUGAUUGUUUAGAUAGCAGAUUUUAUGAAUGUUAUAGACACUGAAUGUAAUGUGAAAUCAUCUUAUGCCUGUUUGUCUACUUUAUAAGAAAUCUGUGGCAUUUUGUGCCUGUGUGUCUUUGUUCAUAUUGCUCUGCAGGCCACCUUUACCACGUGGUCAACAGUAUGGAAUCUUUACACAUUCUAACGCAUUUCUGCCCCCAGUGUAUCCUUGGUUACGUAGAGCUUACCAUUCUCUCUCUGCUGUAGUACUACCGGUAUGCAUUAUUCUGUACUUGCUGCUGUCAGUUUCUGUGCUGGGUAGAGUUAGGCCUGAAGUGUACUGUUUUCCUGAGACUAUGCAUUAUCGUGUCCUUUUUCUGUGAUAUAUUAUAUAUACCUAGUAAUUAAGUGCUUGUAGCAGCAAAACAAACGACAGAUGACAAUUAUGUUUAUGGCCGUAAGUCUUGCGAUAAAAAUACACAGACAGAAAGAGAGACAGACAGACAUACAGACAGACAGAUUGACAAAUAGACAGACAGCUUAACACAGAAAUAGAUUAAAAAAGCCAUAGUGAAAUCUUAUUUAAUGAUGGAGUUUGAAAAAAGUGCCAUGAAAUUUCAAAAAUGGUUGCUGAAGAAAUUAUACGAUUGAAUUUUAUAUAUAUUUACUACAAAUUACAUAUUCUACUUUUGCUAAUUUGCUGUGUAAAAAAUUAUUGCAUAUCUUUUCUAUGAUUAUAUUAUGGUUGUUAAUACUUUUUUUUUUUUAAUAUACAUGUAGUUAUCAACUUUUUUAUUUUCCGUGAAGGUUGGACAUCUAUAUUUAUCAUGAGGAAGAUUACGAUGAAGUGACUAUUUUUAUAAAAUCGAUCUUUGGGGGAAUUUAUUUUUGUUUCAUCCUGUUUUGCUCUUAUCUUUCUAAAUAAAAAUCGGGCCAUUAUUUUUGGAUGAAUUAUUUUGUUGCAAAGACAAGCACUUUUACUUUUAUUGGCUCAAUUUUUCAGCAUGGUAAAAAAAAAACCAAAUUAAGCUUUGUCCAAAAACCCAAGGGUGUUUGCUUCAAAACUUAGAACCAUUCCAUUUUAGGAGUUUUUAUCAAACUGUUAUAUGUGUAUUUUUAUUGUAGAAUUAUUUAUUGCAUUGUUCCUGUUUCCAGUGAGAUAUAUAUAGAAUAUAUGUCAGUUGUUAUGGAGAUUUCAUUAUUUCUAAAAUUAUGAAAGUAAAAUUGAUAAAAUCUUA